AGCUAAGAUAAAACAGUUCUUCCUCGCAUUCCCUGCCCUUCUACCCCCCCGAGAGGAUGGAGUGGCGUGAGCAUGUCCCAUGGCCUGUCAGCCACUGGGCAAGUGACUUUGGAGAGGAAAGAUGGGUGAAUUCUAUCUUCAAUCCUAUCUCCAAGAUUUCAUCAGUGGAAGAUAUUUGGGACAAAGAAAAGCAGAAAGAGGAAGAAAAAGAAACGGAGGAGACUAUAGACCAAGAGCAAGAGAAAGAAGAACAAAGCAGGAUCAAGGCCCUUCUCGGACUACCCAAGCAGAACUCAGUGUGGGGCCUGAUGGCUUGGCCCAGGCCCUCCGGAGAGCAAGCCCGGUGGUGGGAAGAUUUCUCCCUGCCCCCACUCCGCGGACCCUGCCUCUGCAGCUGCAGACUGAACUCAAAGAUGAGGCUCCACCCCCUGCCCGCCAUGACUUCCUGCCCCACCCCUAAAACCUUGCCCUCAUUGGCUUCUAGAGAAGAGCCUAGCUGGCUAAGAAACCAGCCCCUAAUGGAGACUCCACCAGCAUCCAGACUGAAGACCCCCAAAGCAGUUCCCAGACAUCCACCUAACGUCUCCCCUAAGAGAUCUACUAUCCCCAAGAGCGGGCGACAGCAGACCCCAAUGUCAAUGUGGCCUCCGAUUAUUAUCAACCCUCCCUCCAGGAGCUCUGCUCUUAAGGAACAACACACACCCUCUGCCAAGGAGGCCUCCCAUACCCCAGGUGCCUGGGGCAAUCCUUUGCCUCAUCUUCCUUCAAAAUAAAUAUUUUUGUUACACCAGCAACAGU